GCGGGCGCUCGCUCAAUGGUUUUUCUCAGCUCUAUAGCGUAAGUAUAGAGUAGACAGAGCGGCUUGAGCGCUUUUAUUACGCGCGAAAAAGUUUUUGAGACGCGCCGAAUUCGAAUAAAUUUUAACUUAUUUUUCUCGAGUGUUACUUUGAUGGUGCGACAAAGUGAUUGGUAGACAGGGACUUAAGUGUUUAGUAGUUGAAUGCAAAAGUUUUUUUGAAGACAGUUUUAAGUGAAUUCUAUUGAAAAUGGAGUCUAUGAACUUGAAGCCGAUAAUGUUCUUGUGGAUUCUCGCUUUUAUUUCAAUCAAAGGAACAUAUGCCGAGCCUCAAGUUAAUGAAUACGAUAUACCCCAAGGGAAGCCGCCUGCUUUUGUUACACCGGGUCAAACAUAUCGGAUCGCUUCGGGAGCUACCGUCAUUUUGCCUUGUCGGAUUACCCAGCCAGGCAGCUACGUGCUGGCUUGGAAACGCGGAAUUGCAGUUUUAACUGCCGGACCAGUCAAAGUUUCGCCGGAUCCUCGACUUCGAGUUUUACCUUCGCCCACUAUCGAACAACCCGCGUCAAGUCUUGGAGGAGUACCGGAACUAUCUGGCGGAGGCUACAGCUUAGAACUUAGAGAUGUACGACCUCAAGAUGCUGGAGAUUACAUUUGUCAACUGGGUACCAUUGAACCAAAGGAAAUUGUACACACUUUAGAAGUUUUAGUUCCAGCAAGAAUACAUUUUGUCUCUCACUCGGGCAGUGUGGAGGUCAACCAGGGGCAAAUGAUCAAAAUGGAAUGUCGCGCUUCCGGAAAUCCUGUUCCUUCAGUAUCUUGGACUAGAAAAAAUAACGUCAUGCCAAGUGGAGAAAGAAGCAUUCAAGGCUUGACAAUGGUCAUUCAGCAUGCUGAUAGACACACGGCUGGCCAGUAUCAGUGCUCUGCCGAUAAUGGAGUCGGAGAGCCUGACACUAAGCACAUUAACAUCAAUGUUCUAUACCCUCCAGAAGUGGAAGUCGAAAGGACAACGGUACACACGGGUAUAGGACUAGAGGCCCAAUUGGUUUGCAUAGUUUAUGCAGAACCUACCGCACAGGUUUUAUGGUACAAGGAAUCGACUCAAUUAGGAAUUACAGAGCAACAUGCCACCCAAACACGAGGCAACAGAUACACUUUGACUAUUAGGAACGUAGCUCCAAAUGAUAUGGGUAAUUACAGUUGCGUAGCAUCAAACAUCCACGGAAAAUCCCGAGGUCACAUUUUCCUAACCGGGUCAGCUACGACAGCAGUUUUCGAUUCUCCUUCAAUGGGAACUGAUAGAGACAAAUACAGCUUAUCCUGGUCAGUCAACAGUCAUUCUGCCAUUGUCGAAUACAGACUGUUCUACAGGCAACAGCCAAGACACCAUUCCGCCCACCAUCAACACAGAGAAGACUCUAAUGAAUUUAGAAAUUCUAGAAUUAAUGGUACUCGAUUAGUUGGAAUGAAACCCGAAUGGGUUUCUAUGAACAUUGCUGGUCCAGGAGUGAUCAACCCUAACUAUCCAGGAUCCAACCCUCCGCCAUAUCCCGGUGUAACAAAACAAAAAAUGACUUACACCAUUCAAAAUUUACAGUCGGCAACUACUUACGAGGUCAGGGUGCAAGCGAAAAAUGAACAGGGUUGGAAUAAGUUAUCACCAGUGUUUCAUUUUACUACCAGAGCUAACGAUAUGGAGAAUCUUAUUGAACCCUCAGCCCAGCCGGCCGUAUAUGGUUCAAACCAAGGCCAAUCCUCCAACAGUAACCAAAUACGUCCGAUAUUAACUAACAUCCCCUACAUCCUGUCGGUAUGUGUUUACUUUUUGAUUAAUUAAAAACUGGUACUACAGAAUUCAGUGAGUGUUUAAAACAAAAACAAUUCCGUAACCCAAAACGUAUUUUGUUUAACCCCUUUGUGAUAAACUGAAUUAAAUAAAUGUAAAUUUCGCUUAGAAAAUAAAAAAGACAACAAGUAAAAAACGGACCUACUUGAUGUUGAGUGUUGUCAACAUAAUAUACCUAUGUGAAUGUUACCAUGCUACAUUUUUGAAUGUGUAGAAUUUCCUAUUUAUAUAUCAAUUUUUACACUGUAUUUGAAGUUAUUGAAUGGAAGCACCAUUUAUUUUCUUUGGUUCUUAUUGUAAAAUUUUAAAUCAGUGUAUAAACCAUUUAUAUACUUAUAAGUAUAAUUUUAACAAGCUUAAAUACAUUUUACUUUUUGUUUUUUAGAAUGAUAUUUGUAUUUCAGUAUAAAAAAAUAUGUCUAAAAUAAUCUCAACCAAUAUCACACUAUAAGUUGUAAUAAUUGUAUCACAUUCCUUUUACCAAAACAUUUUGUAUGGAAAAUAUUUAAAAUUUAUAUUAUAAAAGCACAAUUUGUCCUGUAAACACUUAUUCCGUAUUUUAGGAUGCAAAAAAAAAAAUAUAUUUAGUGUCUUGUAUAGAAAAUUUUCGUUGAAGCUUCUUAUAUUUUUACUUGUCUUUAAUCUAAAAAAAAAAAUGUCGUGGCUUUGCUUAAUAAGAUGAACAUGCAAGCGGAGAAGAGCCUAAUUUGGUAAACAAGUUUGAAGGAAUUUUUUGGUUGAAGCCACGAUAUAUUUUAACGUCAUUUUUGUAAAUAAAGACUGAACUAUUUUUGUAAGAGUGCAAUAAGAUUAUGCAUGAAUCGGUUACGUAUUUCGAAUCAUUAAUAUUUAGUAUCAUUUUAAGUGUAAAUACAGCUUAAUAUAAUAUGUAUAGAUAA